AUGGAAAAGAACAUCUGCUAUAGGCAACGAAGGAGAAAAGAAGUCGUCUACGACGAUUGCCUACUCGAGGACUCCUUGUCCCAAGGUGACUGGCACAUCGAGGGGGACCCAAACGUGGGCUACGAGAUGCUGCUCAGAGGAUUACGAGCCUGUGCUGAGCGUGCCUCGAAGCUACGCACGACAAACUCGGAUCAAACUUCGAAGACUACCAAGAAACUGUUGGAAAGAAGAAGGACUUUAAGGCUUGAUCCAAAUGCAUCGCACAUUGAGCUGCAGAAGAACAUUGUGGAAGCAGCACAAAAAGAACGAGUCUAA